AUGAAUUAUCAAAGUAAAGGCAAUAAAUAUGUGUGUCCAAACGACCGUCAACUGUGCUUGAGAGCCAAACUCCGCACAGGAUGGAGUGCAGCGAAGAGCGAGCCUCCUCUGACGCCGAAAGAAAGAGAGGCAAUAGCGGCCGUCGUCAAAAGGGCGGAGAAGAUAGAUGAAGUCGAGGCUAAGAGAGUUGGCAGACUGGUUGCCAGGCUAGAAGGCAUGCGUCGCUCAGCCCAAGGACCUGCCCCUCGUUCCUGCUUACUUUGCGGCGAGACUGCGCGACUGCUAGCUCCACUAAGAACCUGCUCCAUCUGCCGGCACACGGCCUGCUCCAAGUGUGUCAUUGACACGCCUUCUCACCGGUCUCCCUUACGCUCCAGAGAGGCUUAUAUGUGCAACCUGUGUGCUGAGACGAGGGAAAUGUGGAAGAAAUCCGGUGCUUGGUUCUUUAAAUCACUACCUAAAUAUGUUCUCCCAGAUAGAAGAAACACCGGCCGGUAUAAUGAUACUGAACUGGCAAGGUCUUUGCAGGAAGCUGGUAACAGCAGUAACGAAGGCAAGACAGAUUCAGAACCGGGGUCGCCGCUCAGCGUGCAAGCGCCGUCGUUUUCGAGGCAGGCGAGCAACACGGACAGCAGGAAGUCUGUUGCGUCUCCACUG